UGUAUGGGAUGUUUCAACUGGGUUCCAGCUGAUAUGCCUUUGUACGAUAUACUGAAUGAGUUUCAAAAGGGCAGCAGUCAUAUGGCAGCUGUUGUCAAGGUUAAAGGAAAAGUUAAGAAUCCUCCUGCAACAGCUGAUGGAGCAAAAGCUGAAGAAAAAAGUCUCUCCAAUGCAGAGUCCCAAUUCACUAAUCCUCUUCUACCCAAGCAGGACGAGAAGCUGGACAGCGUAACUGUCGACAUCGAUAAGUCCUCUUCAAAGCCUCCGUUAAACAAGAAUGAUGCAGCGACAAAUGGUUCAUCUAUAAUUAUUUAUAUUUUCAUACAAGAAGAGACAACUUCAUCUAAAAUCAUCGUUAAUUAUAAAAAACCUCAUCAAAUAUUGUAA